AUAAAAGUGAGGUUAUGUAUAUUUGUUUAUAAAUUUAAAAAUUUGAAUUAUUUUAAGAUUAAUUAGUAAAUUGCUUAAUUAUUAGCUGUAGCAAAAUGGAAGACGACGAGUCCUGUCCACACCACCAUUCGAUAAGCCCCAAUUAUUCUGCUGAAAGUGAUAAAACUUCUCAAAAUUGGGUGGAAAUUACUGACAGCUUUACUGAAAGUGUUAAAGAUUUACAGUUAGGCGAAUUGCUACACGAUGAGCUUUUCGGUCUAUUCGAAGCAAUGUCAGCCAUAGAAAUGAUGGACCCCAAAAUGGACGCUGGCAUGCUCUGCAACAGAGGAGCGAGAAAAAUUACUUCCUUUGAACAGGCAGUAACGGAUGGUUUGUUGCCAUUGAAUGAUUUACCUCCAACAACACUUCUAGGUAUCAUUGAUGGUACUCUGGCAAGAUUAGUGUCCUGGCUUGAAGGGCACUCAUUGGCUCAGACAGUUUUUACUUGUUUGUACUUGCAUAGACCCUAUGCACCACAAGAUAGGGCUCUUAAAGUGUUUUGUUUAGCUGUGUACAAGCUGUUGGAUGUCAUUAAGGAUUUAUUACAUAAGGCUAUGGUUUAUGAAGAGGAAGACUUUCAACCAAUGCAAUAUGGUUUCCAUUUGAAUCCAGAUAUAUCUGAACAAAGGAUGAUUGGAAUGUUACGAGAAGUUGAAGAGGAAUUACACAGGAAGGCUAGAAAUAAGCAAUGUGAACCUGAAACCCAAGCAAUAUUUGCCAGAAUUAAAUUCAUGAGAAUAUUUUUGCAAGUAUUAAACUCUCUUAGAAAAGAAGACCAACAGCAAAAUUCCCUCAACGAUUGCCAAAGACUGUUGCAAAGCGCUAUAGAAAUGUUACAGACAAUGAAAGACACUGUCCUUUUAGGCCAAGGCGCAAAAGAAGGCGAAGAAGAAAUGGCUUGUUUCGAACCGUCAAUAAACCAAAGACUACUACCUCCCACGUUUCCUAGAUACACAAAAAUAAAAAAAAGAAUCGAGGCCAUUACACACUUUACUGAAAUGAUGGAACGAUUCAAGGUGGUUUGCAAGGCUCAGGGCCUCACCACUUUUCAUCAGACAGUGGAAUUGUUUGCUGAUUUUAGUCAAUCUGGACCCUGCCUUGUGUCACGGAGUGCUUUGCAACUAGUAGGUCGAAAUGCUGGAUCUUCUAGGGAAGCACUUAGGGAAGCUUUGAGGAAUUUCUGUGGACCACACGCACUUAGUAGUCGAGCAAUUCCGGCUGCUCGUUCAGCUGCGGACGCUUUCCUAGCACGUGCAGCUCGUCCAGCAGGGCUCUUGUUGCAACUGAGUGGUCACAACAGGGCUAGACAGAGAGACAAAUUGGCCAUGUUGCUCGAGGAAUUUGCUUUAUUACAAGAGGAAGCGGAACGUGCUGAUGCAGCUUGCGCCUUAGCACUAGGAGUACCACCGAGGCCCCAUUUCGCCACUUGGGCUUUGUACCAUACUCUUAGAGCGCAAGCGCUUUAUCUUUUGGCUGGAUUUGAAUUGGAACUUUACGCUGAGCACGAAUAUUAUUACAUUUACUGGUAUUUGUACGAGUGUAUUUAUGGUUGGUUGAUUUCGACUCUGUCACGUGCCGAUAGUUUGCUGCAAGAAGCUUGGAAUGGUACUGCGGCUACCGCGUCAGCAGGGAAAGGAGGUCGUAGACAAAAGCCUAAUAAGGCUGCCAAAAGACCCAGACCGCACGCUAGAGAUGCUGUUAGGCUGCAAGCCCUUCAACAACUUGGUGGAGGAUAUUUUAAGGCUUUAUUGGGAUUACUUCGUGAAGGUCUUUUGCAAGCCCCUUUACCAGGCUUUGACAGAGAACGUGUCCGCUUUGAACAUCGUUUCAAUGCGUUCACUCGCCUUCCAGCACCACCUUCAGCUGCUUAUCGCGAUUUCAGGUCUGCAGCUCAAGCUGCAGGUCUGCAAGGAUCAGAAGCGUUAUUUUUGUCAGCCGGACGGCAUUUUGCUCAAGCUGGACAACUUUUAGCUGCAGGCGGUCCUACUGAAGCUGCUUUGGCUCGAACGUCCAAGACUAAUUUUGUGCUGCUGCGUUUACUAGCAGCCGGACAUCGACCGAAAAUUAAACCUACUUUUUGUUUCAAUGAGAGCCGUCAUUUUCCGGUUAUUUGUCUCACAGAGGGACAGCUCACUCAUGAGUAAUGAUUUUUUGUGUAAUAAUAAUAAUUGUUGUGAGGUAUUACUUAAUUCAAUAAAUUGUAUAGAGUGUAAAGAGUUUAACUACAAAAUACAAUUGAGUUUGCAUUUUUCAAUUUUGAAGAAUGAGUCUUUUGAGUCUCCCAAAUCUCCAGAGUCUUGAUGAAUCAAAAUAACUCAUUUAGAAAGGAAAAAGAAAAUUGAUUAGGACUUUUGAAAUAAUUUAAUUGUAACGAAACAUGGGUGAAAGCAUAGCUUUCUAAGCUUUAAUUGAAGAAUAUACUAUCCAUGUGUAUAAUAAGUAUUGCGUGGUAUUGCCAUAUGUAACCAACAAACACUACUGGGAACCUAACAAUAGACACAAUGAAAAAAGCCACAAUUUAAUUGAUAAUUGAAUGUCACAGAAUAAUCAAUAAAUGUCAGAGUUAAUCAAGAACUCGAGAACCGUCAGUAAAUAGGAAGAUCCAGCACCAUAGGCUGCAGCGCUACUCGAAGUUUAAUCAGACGUCUCAGACGACAAUAAAAAACUCAAAGAACAAUGUUUAAAAAUGUAUAAAGAAAAUGCCCUUUAUGUCAAAUGAAAAGUUACCUACCAAUGAACUCUUACAUAUGCUUGUAUUAAUUACUUAUCAGUUUUUUAUUGCCGAAUAUCUUGAAACAUUUUCUUUUAUUUUUUUAAAGCUUACAGUGCCAUCAAAAUUUCAAACAAAUCUAAAAUACUCACAAUCUGAAUCAAUCUUGACACUAAUACAAGUACAACUACUAUAUUUUCUUUAUAAAUAAUGAGAAAGUAUUUACAUUUACACAAUCAAAAUUUGAGACUGUGGGUUUUAUAUCGAUGCAAUAUAAGCAAUAAUUAUAGUCCCAGUGUAAAAAUAUAUGCAUGUUAUACAAUAAUUAGAUAAGACACAUUUUGAGGCAGUAUAAAUGGAAAAUUGUCCAAUAAACCUGAGCAGGAUUUUCUCAAAUAAAUUAAAAUGCAUUCGAAUGAGAUUCAAAAAAACUAAAAUUCUUCUUUAAUCAAUGAGUAACUCAAAAUGUACUGAGCCUAUUCGAUCACCUCGACUGUACUUGAUGUUUUUGGCCCAGGCACG